UAACACACUUCAGUAUCACUCCGUCUGCGCGACAGGACACAAGCAGGAUUCAGGAUCAGGAUCCCUACCACCAUCCCCUACCAGAUAGAAAUUGGAACGGUGUGCUUCAACUAUAGAUUGAAGAGCUGUUUCUGAAUAAAGAGAAGUGUCAAUACUGAAGUGGCAAGAAACUCCCGCCAAAACACGUGGCGCGGGAAUGAGCAGACGUCCCUGGUCGAAACAGCUGUAAACAAUGGUCCGCCAUCUUGUAUUUGUCGUCUGCAUCUUGGUGCAAUGCUGGUCACCGACCCUCUCCGCCGUCUACAACCCCAGCGGAGGCCCUGUGUACAUCAGUCCCCAGCAGGACUCCGCCCCUGUGGCUCCCAGCGCUGCCCCUGAGGCUCUACUGACCCAGACUGUCUAUGGAUUCCUUGACUUCACCACCACUAUCGGCAACACCGUCAUGGUCUUCUCGCCGCAGAGCGCUCCUGCAGAUGGGGGUAAAACCACCCCGAAGCCAGAAACCACAACGACAGUAAUCGAAACGAAACCUCCCACGACGAAUCCACCAGCGGAGAUCAAACCGAGCAAAACCGAAGCUCCUCCGAAGACUUUCGAGAAGAAAGCGAUCAUGGAAAAAGAAAAGGAACCCGUGAAAAAAUCCUUAGUAGAGGUCAAAGUUAGCCCUCCAUCGACUGUGGUAUUUUCCAGCAUCGUGGAAGUUAGAGGGGGUCCUCAAGAGAAAACUCCGGAAAUCUCUAGCAAGGUGGAGGUCAGAGAAGGUGACGUCAUUUCCAGCAAGGUCGAGGUCAAGGUCGCACCCUCUAGUGUUGUAGAGGUCAAAGUUGAGCCGUCCAGCAUAGUUGAGGUCAAAGGUCCCGGGGUGCCUAAACCUGUAUCCAUCCUGAGCUCCAAGGUGGAAGUUGUGUCGAGUUCUGACGAGCCAGCUAUCAGUGGAAACAAUGUGGAUGGUCCUGCAGAGUAUGACUUCCUAUCUAGGCAACCGUCAGAAGUUGUGGAUGAAACAUACAGGGUGAUAGAUUUGCGACCAACGGUGAAGCACGGUAACAAGAACGCCAAGCCACGACCCAGCAAAUCCACACCAGCCGACGUCCAUCCUACAGGUCUGGUAACCAGCAUGGGAGGAACGGUUGUCAGGGACGGUCUAACUACCGUGCACGAGACCAGCGUACUUGGAACUUACAUCUCUGGGAAAUACGCUCAAGUGCUGCAGAGCACCUCCCAUGUGUACCAGUCACAGAAGAAACCUAAGCCGACCCCUGUACAGUCCAACAAAAUCCUCAAGACAGCCGCUCCCUCCUUGAAGGCAGGUCGCCCCAGCCUAGAGCCAACCCCUGUCAGCACUCUGCAGGAGGACUCCGCCCUCCCUCUGGAGGCGCUCUUCAACUCUCCGAGCGGAGGCAAUCUGAUCCGCACCUCCAGGAGGCCUGCCGUCGGGGCUCUGCCCUUCAAGAACAGAUACCAAGGUCGGUCCAAGGGGAGGGAGGAGCAGGAGCUGGAAGAGCCUGUGGAGGAAGUGACGCAACAACAACCGAGCUACAAGAAGAACCGCAACCGAGACAGACAACAACAACAACAACAGCAGCAGCAGCAGCAACAACAACAGAGAGCUUACAAGUAUGGCUUGGCUGACGUACAAGAGAACAACAGGUUCGCUCGCCCCUCACAGCCAGAGUUGGCCACCGUCUCAGUAUACAACGAACCUUCCACGCCCAGCCGCAAGUUCCAGUCGUCCAAUAGAAGAAGUGGUUUCAGACCUGCCAAAGGAGACAAUUCCGUAGACAAAGAGAAAGACAGAGAUUCUCGCCGCAGCUUCAAACCUACCAAAUCUUCUCCAUCUCAGGACCAGUCUACCAGCCUCUACAAGUUCAAACUCGCCCGACCCACUGGACGCUGGCAAUACAAGACAACCCCCAAGCCCAGGGUGGCCAUCAGACGCCAAGACGAGGGAGCGGACAACACCACCGUGGGACAGGAGACCAAACCUGAUGACCAGGAACAGCAAGGCAGUGACGUGACAGACAGCAGGGAUCUAGACAACAACCUUGUACAACCUACAGAGUCAACGCUGCCUCUGGAGACAAUCAAGGUGGAAAUAUCUACUCCAGCAGAGUUUAGAAACACUUACUACGAGAUUGCCACUAUCAAGUCUCCCUACACCUUCCAGGUUGGCUCCGUUAAGAACACCAGGUACAUCACAGUUACCUCAACCAUCGAGAAGAGCCUGGUCGAACCAACAGAAGCUCCCGCGAUAAACCCUUCAGAGCCACUGACAGAGAACAUUCUUGCCAGCACUCAACACAUCUACGACAACAAAGAGCCGCCUCUGGACUCGUCUAUUGCUACUCUCCCUCCCAUCGGGCUGGCCGGUGACGCUGAGACUCCUCCUUUGGAAACGAUGACGGAAACAUUCAGUACAACCCAGUUGCUUCUGAAGACUCACAUCCUUCCCGUGGUAUACGGCGGAAUGAACACCAGCAGCUACACUCUGGUUCAAUCCUACCACAUCACGAGGAUAGUGACAGCUACGAAAACACUCCCGCCGAUGGAAGUGUACCAGUUUGUUCCCAGCAAAACCUUGAACGAGUUCAACACCAGACUAGACGAAGCUGGGUCUGAACUUCAUCUAGAGUUGGAGUUCGGAGACAACAACGAACAAGACGACGACGAUCAUCCCAACGCUGCUAGAGCUUUCCCACCUGAUUUGGAUCUCGCUAAUGUGGGGUCUGAUUUCGACCUUUCUGACGUUGACAAGUCAAAAUUCCCCGAUCACUUGAGGCUGAAGAAAGCACACCACACUACGCCACAACCUCCUGCAGAACCUACGACUCCGGCGCUCUCUCCGGAACAGAUCCAACAAUUGGCUCUUCUCAGAUUCCUCAACCCUAACGCCAACAUUCCUAACGUAAUCACACAAUCUAAACCGGUCAUAAAGUUGGAAACUGUUUAUGAAAGUCAUGUAAUUCCUUUGUUCAACGGACAAACCACCAUCUUCAGCACGCUUUCAAGGCCGAUCGCAACAGUUAGCAAGACGGAAUACGAGGUUGUAACGAGUACUUUAGCAAUGCCUCAACAACCUCAGCUAAAUCCUCUGCUGCCACCUCAGCCUCAACUAAAUCCUCUGCUUCCUCAGCAACAGCUUCCUCUGCAGCCUCAGUUUGCUAUCAGCUCCACCCCAGUGGUCACUCAAACUGUCGUGACUGAGACAGACAGCAAGAUCCUCAAGUUGACUUUUGGUGCCAAAACUGCCUACACGACACUCUUCUCCACGCGGGUAGUUCCAACACAGCUGACUACCUAUCUGACAGCGUCUGUUCCUCUUCAGCCGACAGCUUUCCCUGGGUACUUCCCUGCGCCAUACAAUCCCUUCCAGUACGUCGGUUGAGUUCCAAAGAAGUAGUAAAGACUUUUAAUGUUACCUUGAGGUUGCUCAUGCGAUUAUUAGCACAGAACGCCCCGAAACGAAUUAGACUCGAGCGUAAUUUAUGAUUGUAAGUUUUAAGUCUAAUCUUUCAGUCUCAGAAAGAAUAUCUUCCAGCAUUGAUAGCUAACUUCAUCAUAAUAACUUUAAUAAUCUUUCUGUGAAUGACAAAGAGUUAACCCUCGAGUUUUAAUAUGCGUUUAGGGGUCGAGCUUCACAUAGUUCUAUACAAAUAAUCGCAAUUGCUCACAAGUGGAAAAAGUGGGUAAAGAACUUAAGUUAAGAGACUGAAUCCAAUUCCUUUAAAUUUGAGUUAAUAUACCUAAAUUUGAUCGUCCCUAAAAGUGAAUUACCUAAUUAUUUGGAAAGUGUUCAUCCAAGUACUGUAAAUUAUGUAUAUAUCUUAGAUUCUUUUAACACUUCGGUUGUAAGGUACUGAAACUAAUAUGUUACCAUGUGAAGCCGUCAAUGAUAUUUGUGAUAUUAUGAUAAACAUUUUGGGACUUAAUGAGUUGAGAGAAAGAAGAAGAAAGUGAGAAAGUGCAGUGCUCGCCAAACCCAGUAUCAUCGCCAACCGGUGCUUAGUGUAAGAAGCAUCACCUAGGUUUAAGUAUCGAUAAAUUAUUGUCAUGAGAAUCAAAAAACCGUUUAAAAAUCUCACUUUGGAUUACAAUUUAGAUAAUUAAAUGUUGUAUAAAUAGUUAAACCAUUUCACCUAAGGAAUCAUAGUUACAAUAGUAACUCCGCUCAAUCCAUAAUAAAUAGUUUAAACGUUUCCUUAUUUCAUCUUGUAUAUAACAUUCAUUAGCGUAGGUUUAAUUGUAUGUAAGUGUAUUAUAUGUCAUUUUUUAUAAAAGAAACUAAAUACAAUAAAAAGUUUAAAACUUGAAA